GAAAUUUUAAACACUAUGGACUUAAUUGAUGACUUUAAUUCUGAUGAUGAUUUUUUAUAACAACCUGCUAAUCAAUUUAUUGAUGAUGAUCAAAAUGAAGAUGCUUCAUGUGAUGAACCUACAUAAACCUUUGUUAAUGAUAAUUUGCAUAUUAAUGAAGAAACCAGAAAAAAAAUUAACAUUGAUUUUAAAUUAAAAUUAGAAAAAUUCAUUCCAAAAUUAUUUUCUUAAGAUUAGAUAAAAGUAAGAAUUGUUCAUUAUAUAUAAUUAGAAUGCAGAAAUCAGAGUAAUUAAAUAAAUUCUUUUAUCCUUAAAAAUUUCUGAUAAUCUGAUAUAGGAAUAGAGAAUAAAAGAAAAAUAAGAUAUUAAAAAUCAAAAUCUUUAAAACGGAUCAAAAAGAAGAAUAUAAGAAAGAAAUACAGAAGAGUUCCUUAUUGAUAAACUAAAAAAGCAUUUAAUUGGAGGUUAAAAAUUAGAUAUCACAUUCCAUGACUAACAUUACACUCCACUUUAUUUAUGUCAUAAUCCAUGUGUAAUUUAUAUUAAAUCCUAAUAUCCAUAUCAAACACUAGAUAUAAUAAAUUAAAUGUUAAGAAAUCUCAAUAAUCCAUAAUUAUUUGAAUAAGAUAAAUUUAAUGAAAUAAAGAAAAAGUUUGGAGAUAAUUGUUUAAAGUUGAUUAUACAAUAAAUGCAAUAUAAUCAUCUUAUUAUUUAGAUUCCAGAUGGAUCUAUUAAAUUUGAAAUAAAAGCAGGAAAUUCAAAUUAAGAUCUUGACACUUAUAAAGAUUAAAUAAUGAAUGUAUAUUGUUAAAUCAAUCCUGAAUUUAAAAAAAUGUGUUCAUUCUUAAAUUAUUGGGCACAUCAAAGAGGUAUUUUAGGAGAUCAUGCUCUACCAGAAUUUGCACUUUAUUGUAUGAUUAUUGAUUUCUUUAUAACAUAAUCAUUGAUCCCCAAUAUAUUUAGUGAUUAAUAUAGUUUAUGGAGUAAGGAGAAAUUAUAAUUAAAAUCAUAAAUAAAAAAUAUUGAUGAUUGUAGAUUAUCAAAAUUCAAUAGAGAUGAUUAUAUUAUAUAAAUCUCUUAAAAAAAUGGAAGAAGAGUAGAAAAAAUAUUUUGGUUAACUUUUCCAAGAACAAAAGAUGAAAUUAAAGGUGUAAUAUAAUUAUGGACUAAAACUUAAGAGUAAUAAUAUAAAUAAGUUCCUUAAUUCAAUCUAGGAUAUUAAAUAAGUGUAUUCUUUCAUCUUUGGAAUCAAGCUGAUAAAUACAAAGUACCUCUAGCUUUAACUAAUGAAUUUUAAAAGGAAGGAUAAGAAAUUGGAUUAAUUAUAUAUAAUCCAUUUAUUAAAAAUCAAAUUCUAACUCCAUUACUACAAAAAAGAUCAAAGAAUGAAGAAUUUAAAUCAAUGAAUAUGUAUUAACAAGUUCGAUAAGAAUUUAAGAGAGCAUAUGAUUUGAUUUUAUCAGGUAAUUAAGUUGAAUUAUGUGACAAAUAAUAAUUAUUAUGAAAG